GCUGCACCUACAACAGCAGCACCUACAACUGCUGCACCUACGACAGCUGCACCUACAACUGCAGCACCUACAACAGCAGCACCUACAACUCCUGCCCCUACGACAGCUGCACCAACAACAGCCGCACCUACAACAGCAGCACCUACAACUGUUGCACUUACGACAGCUGCACCAACAACAGCUGCACCUACAACUGCAGCACCUACAACAGCAGCACCAACUACUGCAGCACCUACAACAGCAGCACCUACAACUCCAGCCCCUACAACAGCUGCACCAACAACAGCUGCACCUACAACAGCAGCACCUACAACUGCUGCACCUACGACAGCUGCACCUACAACUGCAGCACCUACAACAGCAGCACCAAUUACUGCAGCACCAACUACUGCAGCACCUACAACAGCAGCACCUACAACUCCUGCCCCUACAACAUCUGCACCAACAACAGCCGCACCUACAACAGAAGCACCUACAACUGCUGCACCUACGACAGCUGCACCAACAACUCCUGCACCUACAACUGCAGCCCCUACAACUGCUGCACCUACAACAGCAGCACCUACAACUCCUCAGUCUACAACUGUUGCACCUACGACAGCUGCAACGACAGCUGCACCUACAACUGCAGCACCUACAACAGCAGCACCAACUCUGCACCAACAACAGCUGAACCUACGACUGCUCUGCAUCAACAACAACCGCACCUACAACAGCAGCACCUACAACUGCUUCACCAACAACAGCCACACCAACAGCCACAUCUAUGACUGCAGCACCUAUGACAGCAGCAUCUACAACUCCUGCCCCUACGACACUGCACCCACAACUGCAGCACUAACUACUGCUGCACCUACAACUGCCGCACCUACAACAGCUGCACCUACGACAGCUGCACCUACGACUGCUGCACCUACGACUGCCACACCAACAACUGCUGCCCCUACAACUCCUGCCCCUACGACAGCUGCACCUACAACUGCAGGACCUACAACAGCAGCACCAACUACUGCAACACCUACAACAGCAGCACCUACAACUCCUGCCCCUACGACAGCUGCAACAACAACAGCUGCACCUACGACUGCUGAACCUACAACUGCUGCACCUACGACAGCUGCACCUACAACUGCAGCACCUACAACAGCAGCACCAACUACUGCAGCACCAACUACUGCAGCACCUACAACAGCAGCACCUACAACUGCCGCUCCUACCACUGCAGCACCUACAACAGCAGCACCAACUACUGCAGCACCUACAACUGCUGCACCUACAACUGCUGCACCUACAACUCCUGCCCUUACGACAGCUGAACCUACAACUCUGCAUCAACAACAACCGCACCUACAACAGCAGCACCUACAACUGCUUCACCAACAACAGCCACACCAACACUGCACCAACAACAGCCACACCUACAACAGCCACACCAGCAACAGCAGCACCAACAACCUCUGCCACUACGACAGCUGCACCUACAACAGCAGCACCAACAAUAUCCGCACCUACAACGGCAGCACCGACAACUGCAGCAGCACCUACAACCACACUUACAACUGCAGCACCAACUACAGCCACAACUACGACUGCCGCACCAAUAACAGCUGCACCUACAUCUCCUGUACCUACGACUCCUGCACAAACAACUGCAGUACCUACAACAUUACCAACAGGUGGAUCAACUGCAACAACUGUAGGUUCCACAACAACUGUUGGUCCAAUGACAACCGAAAUAACAACUGCAACCCCCACUUUAAAUACUACAGCUGCAAUCCCAGCUGCUGCAAAUACAACGACAAAUACAAUGAUCUCAACUACAACAGCCUCAACUACAACUUCAACUGCUGCAACUACAACUACAACUACUGA